UCCACACGUAAAUUGUAAAUAAGUAAACUGUCUGUCUCAGUUGGCUUCAAUGUAUCGGUAUAACACCUAUCGCUCCCCCCUUUUCGCCUAAUCGCACGGCCAACAAGUGAAGUUUUUUUUAACUGUCACAUGGCAGUCAAUGGUGCGUUCAAGUAAACAAAAACUCGGUUUGUUGUGGAAAAACAAAUCGGAUUUCGAUUGUCAACAACUUUUCGUGGUAUAAAGUAGUGCAUCUGAUUUUUUUGUGUUUGGGAGUUCUUGUGAGAAUCUUUGAAAAAUGUGUCUUUGCUGUGCUGGUGUUUCUAAAAUGAGUGUCUUUAGAGUAAGGGGUGAUUUAGUGUCUGUGAUAGGACUUAUCGCACCUGUUGUUUGGGUCCUGUUAUAAAGAAAGAACUGAAUAUGGUAGCAAAGGAUUCAUGCAACACCUCCAAGAAAAUACACAUAGAUCAGGAUCGCUGUUCCGACACAGGAGUCUCGUUACCAAAAGCUUUAAGUAAAAUGUCCAUAAACAAACUUGACAAUAUCAAAGGGAACAAUAAUCCGCUUAAUAAUAACCAAGAAACUACUAAAAAUAAUAUCGAAGAAUUUAUUCAAAGCAUUUUAAAUGAUAUCUUUGAAAAUGCGUUCAAUAUUGCAGAAUCUAAUACAGUGAUGACGCGAAAAACUAGUCUAAGCCCCAAGGAAAAGCAAACACGAGACCUGAAUAGGCGGGUAUCAAUUCUCGAUGAUGACGAAAAUGUUGUUGAAGUCCGAAACAACUACGUAAAUUUGCAUAGAAGGGCCAUCAGUGAAACAUUUACGGGUACAAACUACGUGAUAGACCAAAAUGACAACAACGAUUAUACCAAAGAUAACAUACCCAACAAUAAACCAAUUACUUUAGAACCUCCGGUGGUUAAAGAGAAAGAAAAGAAGAAGAAACGAAUAUCGUUUAAUUCUCUUUUUGGCAAAAAGGACAAGAAAUCCAAGGAGAGCAAAGAAGAUGAAGAAAAGCAGGACAAUUUGCCUCAAUUGCCGGUUUUUACGUCAAACUCGUUGGGGAAAAGCAAAAAGUACGCUUCUGCUGUUGAGCUCAGCCAGCACAGCCACAAAUCUGUGCUACAAAGGACUCCAUCGUUUCUUCGGAAGUUGAUCCAUAUCGGCGAGGAUCCCGCGAGUGCGAUAAAACGGUCGUUGAGUUUCCGCGAAGUGGCUAAGAAACCGUCCAAAUCGCCGUCUCGGGAGAAAUUGACUGAGAAGAAGAACCAAGAGUGGAGGCAGUCGCUGCAGUCGUUGGUUGAGACUGAUGUCAGUGUUAGUUAUAAUGACCUUAGUUUUGUCAACUAUGACGCUCUCAACGAUAUUCAAUAUGAACCCGUAACCUUAAAACCCGGAGGUAACGGCAGCAAGGGAUAUAUUGGGCGCACACAGAGUAUGAUCGAAAAGAGGUCCCCAAACCUUCAGAGACCUUCAUAUCAUCGACUGUCAUCCGCUAGCGAAAACAAUCGUCUCAGCACAACAAACUUAAAGGUUCCUUCUUCUGCCAUAUCACUGCCUGCUUUAAAUCACAACCAUCAAGAUGCUGAUAACGUACCAGGAAGCAAAACGUCAAUUCACAAACUUCGCCGCCGUCCUCAAAGUAUCAACUCCGACGAUGGUGGGAGUAGCGGUGGUCUGCACUUCACUGCCUCCGUCGGUGGCAGCCUCAGAUCGGUCGCAGGCGAUUGUGUUAAUUUAAAAAGACAUAACGCCUAUCGGCACAAAGGGCGCUAUACUAGUGCCUUGGACAACAACGGCAGCUGCAACAAUCAAACGGUCCGAUCUCGGAGCCUCAACCAUCUAGACAAUUUAGAGAUGAGGCAGGGAGUGGUGUCAUCAGUAGACGUCGCUCUAAAGGACUCCAGAUCGGAACCGGAUUGCACCAGACCAUUGCCUGUACCUUCAGCGUGUCAGGAACCGGGUACGCCAACAACAAAUAUACCACCCGCUAGAAAACAUAUGCUUAGUAGGUCACAGAAAUCGAGUAGCGAAUGUUUUAGUGUUAACUUCGAAGUGGGAGAAGAAAGCACUUGGGAUAAUGAAUUGUUUUUUCCAGCCCAAAGAGGAAUUACUUUGCAUGAUUCUUUGACCAAACUUUGUGAGCUUCGCAACAUCGACCUAUCCGUUUGCGAUGCACGGUUGCAAGAUAAGGACAACAACUGCGAACAUCUCAUUUUGUUUAGCCAAGACACCGCGGGGCUAGUUGGCAGACACGUUCGAAUUACAGCAAAAGACUCAAGCAAUAAAAAACUCUCCGGGUCAUUUUACAGCAAUCAUUCACGAAAGCAAUCUGGGAGUAACCGUCCCCGAACAACCACUUUUUUCAAUUCGAGUACUGAAGACGCUACUGUUGCUAGUUCCACACUUUCUCUUCACGACGGUGACCAAAGCAAAAAGCAAAUAAAACAACGACUGACUGCCUUUUUUGGCAAUACCAAAGAUACGAAAUAUGAAGCACUCAUCGACCAAUUAGAUAAAUAUUCACGACAAGGAAUCCCUCAUAUCCUGAAAUAUCCCCAAGGGCAGUGUGAAUCCAUAGAUGCUCUGUACAGACUUGAAGACGACUGGCAUGAAAUUAUCAUCGAUUAUAAAGACCUCAACGAGAAGCAGCAACAACAACAAACGGCCUUGUGGGAGUUAAUUAAAACUGAAGUUGCCUACAUUAAAACUCUGAAGGUGGUUACGGAUUUAUUCCUCGCUUGCCUUAAAGACCUCCAAUCCAGAAACCUCCUCAAAGAAAUCGACACCGACAAACUAUUCUCAAACAUCACAGAAAUCCUGGACUCCAACGUCGUCUUCUGGCGCAACACUCUUUUUCCAUUGGUCCGCGACAUGAGGAAACACAAACGCACCUCCUGCAUCGAAAAUAUGCUAGAAGGAUUUCACAGCAUCCAGGACGUCUUCCAACCGUACUACAAGUAUUGCGCCGAGCAAUCCAGGUGCCAGCACUACUGUAGAGAAAAUAUGGACAGCGAAGUCUUUACUGCGUAUCUGACGUGGUGUGAGAGCCAAAAAGAAUGUAAUAGGUUAAGACUUAUGGAUAUUUUAGUACAACCGAUGCAACGACUUACCAAGUAUGGCUUACUUCUGAAAGCUAUUCUUAAAAAUACAGACGAAGAUGUAGAGCGAGAAAAUUUACAGACGAUGAUCAAAAUGGUGGACGAUUUCGUAAAUAACGUCAAUUCCAGUUUGAAGCAUCGACAGGAUAAAGAAAGACUGAAGGGUAUAAUAGCGAGAAUCGAGAGCUACGAUAUCGUCGAAUCGAAAGACGACGACAUCGACAAGCUCCUUAAGAAAGAAAAAUCCUUGACGCAACUCGAUCUGACAAGACCGAUGUUAAACUGUCCCGGGGAACGAAAACGCCAUCUUUUACUGGAAGGCGACCUCAAGCUAAAGGACAGUGGGACUUCCAAGAUGGAAGUGCAUUGUUUCCUCCUGACGGAUAUGCUGCUGGUCUGCAAGCCGUCAACAAAGAAAGGUGGUGCCACCAUGCGUGUAAUCCGCCAACCGUAUCUUGUCGACCGGCUGGUAGUGUCCGAGUUGCACAGAGAAACGCCGAGCUUGGCCGUCAUAUACAAAAACGAGUUUGAUAUGGCGGUUGCGGCGUUCAUCCUCCAGAACAAUGACGGCAAGAAGAUUAAGGGUUGGAAAGAGGGGAUAGCUAAGGCACAAACGUUGUACGCACAAGCAAAACAAAUGGGCUACACAGCAGACGAAAGCGUCGAUACUGAUUAUAGUUUCGACUAUAAUUUGGAAAACGACUAUAGCAAUAUACAGCUCAUUCCUCGAUCGCCUUUAGCAUCAUCUUCUCGAGCCAGUCGAGUCUCCAGCCUAGCACAUAGUCACAGUGGAUCAGUUGAGAUGAACGACCAAUCAUCGGUCGGUUCCGUCAAUAACCAAUCUAGAGCCGUCUCUGUUGAAAACGAGAACAGGACCGGCUCUUUGUCAAGCGACGAAGGAGUGCAACCCCUGCCCCCCGACAAAAGUCCUGUGUCGCAGAAAAAUUCGUUUAAAAAUAGGCUUUUCCAUAAGACCCCCAAUACCCUCUCAGUUCAGCCCUAUGGCAGCCUCGGACAGAGUCUUCCGAAUCUGACAUUAGGCUCGCCUAAUGUUGGUAGCAUGAGCCUCAGCCUCAACCAAAACACGCUGUCCGUGCCGAGCGGAAAGAACGGAAGCCAGUUGUUGAGCCCUACCCAUCGGGGUAUCUCUUAUCCUCCCCCUUCUCCCACUAGGGGAAACCUGAGGAGGAGCGUGGCGAUAUCCCAAAGCAAGAACCCGCCUCUGAUAAAAACGAGGCAGAUUUGUUCAGCGUCUAGCGUCAGCCAGCAAUUCGAUUUUGAUGUUCCAGUGAUAGCAGGUGUCUCCCAGCAAGAAGACAAUUGUGAUUCUUUCAGUAGAGGACAAAACCGUCAAGCUAUCAAAAGAAGUUAUAGAUAUCAUACUGUAGGAAUGGUUGAUGACAUAAAGAAAAACGACAAUAGAGAUGCCAGCAUCCACAAGCGGCUAUCCUGGAACUGCACCAGCGAAGAGCAACGACCCCCCCAUGAGGACCAGACCUAGCAUACAAUAAUAAAUUCUGUCGUGUCUUGUAUAGUGAUCUUCUAUUUAAUAGUUUGUAUACUAGUUGAACUAAGAAAUAUUCUAGACAGAUUAAUACUAUUAUUAUAGAGAAUAUUUUCAAAUGACAGCUUGGGUUUAUACGGAUUGUAUGGUACGUCCGUGGCAAUUAAAAAACACGUUAUAUCGAAAACAAGACAAUGAUAUCGAAAUGUAAGUCAAAAAUUAACGUCAUAUCGUGUAAAACGCUUUUUUGUAAUAAACGAAUCUUUCAAAUUGUAUAGUUUACUCUCAAAUAUAAGGUAGAUAACAUAUAUGCAUCAGUAUGUAUUUAAAUAUGGACUACCUUUUACGGUGCGUACUGACAAAUUUAAAAAUACAUUCGAAAGACAUUUGGAUACAGACAUUAUUUUUAAGUCGUAAUAAAACAACUCUAUAGUUGUUCUCGGUUCAUCUCUAUCUAAAAGGAAUGCCAUAGGGGAAAAAGCAAACCAUUUAGACACACUUAUUCCUUUCCUUCGUAAAAAAAUAAACAAUUAUGUUUAGUGUUGGUGAGAAUUUAAAAAAAAAACUACCUUUUCCUGUACCUAUCGAUUUGGUACUUUUUCCCUUUUUUCUGGAAAAAUGGCAAACUAUCAAUAUUUUCUUGGGUUCUUAGGAAAUACAUCCUACUUCUUCAGCUAUAAAUUUCCAUGCGUCAUUUUUUUAUUUUAUUUGUAGUAUUGCCCGUGUUUAGGAUUCCAUAACACAGGCGAGCGUUCAUAUAAAUCAAUCAGAUCUAAACGUUUGUCUCUGUUCCAUUCCAUUUUUUUAAGUGCAAAACUAAUCAAAGUUCUUUUUUAAGCGAACAAAUGCGCGUUUUUGAUCUUUCAACGGUUACUGACACUCCUCCGAAACAUUCUCCAGAAGAAUUUUGAUCGCGAAUACGUAGGUACUGACUACAGCAAUUUGUUACAGUGCACUCUGCUCGUUCGGUUCCUUCGGAGAAAAAUGUUCAAGUCAGUUUGCUCCUUUAAGGCAGAGAUAGAUAUCCGCGCCGCGAACUCCGCGCCGUGUGAGCGCCCCAGUUUGUGGCGCGGUUAAUGUUCGUUAAAAUUUUUCAUUUUGACGAACCUUCCGCAAUCCAGAGGAAACUAACGAACCUUUAGUAAUUGUAGAUAAUUAGUAUUAAAUGUGGGUGCCUACAUUGGAUCCGUUUUUCUCCGAUCAGAUCAGAUCCGAUAUCGGCCGACGCGACGUCGGGAGUAGCUUCUCCUAUUCUCAUCGAGAAGUGUUUGGUUUGAUUCCGAUUGGUUGCAAGUGGAGUUGCAAGUUGGUUGCAAGUUGUAAGUUGGUUGCAAGUUGGUCGUAAGUUAUUUGCAAGCUGGUUGCAAGUUGGUUGCAAGUUGGGGGUUGCAAGCUAACAUGUUUAAAUAUAUUUAAUAUCAUCAUCUCCUUAACACAUCUUCAUCGGAACUCAUUGUCGGUGGUCGGUGGUCGGAAGUUAACGGAACCAAUGUAGGCACCCUCGCCGGAAAAUCGGUCUAUAUCGGAUCUGAUCUGAUCGGAGAAAUACAAAUCCAAUAGGGCAUUUCAUUCACAGUCAUUUGUUUCGAGCUUCUGUCAUAUUUCAUAUAAUCCGUGUAUAUUAAUAGUAUACACGGAUUAUACAACAUAUGACAGAAGCUCGAAACAAAUGACAAUCGAUGAAUAGCCCUAUAGGGCUAUUCAUCGAUUGUCAUUUGUUUCGAGCUUCUGUCAUAUGUUGUAUAAUCUGUGUAUAAUAUUAAUAUACACGGAAGGUACGACAUAUAACAGAAGCUCGGUAUAAUCUGUGUAUAAUAUUAAUAUACACGGAAGGUACGACAUAUGGCAGAAGCUCGAAAAAAAUGACUGUGAAUGAAAAGCCCUAUGUAGGUGCCGCCUAUCGGAUCGGAUCAGAUCUGAUCUGAUCUGAUCUGAUCGGAUCGGAGAAUAACGGAUCCAAUGUAGGUGCGGCCUAAGACCAAAUAUUUACCUUGUCAAAAUCAUAAAAAUUCUCGAAUUUUAAGGGAUUGUUUCAGUCGUAAUAUAUCUGCUUUUUCCAACUGCGUUGCUUGAUCAGAAACAAAGUUAAAUUUCUAAUUUAUGAAUGUUUUUCUAAUAUUGAUAACGAUUUCCAAAGUGAAAGUCGAAACGUCAAGUAAGCUUGAUUUCAAACUCGAAUUGUGGCUUAUGCCCAAAUAAAAUGGUAAAUCUAAUUUUGUAUUUCUCACGCCGAUAAGAAGACAACAAUGAAAUUACCUUUUUUACAUUGGUCCGCAUGUAUAUUUUCUAUGUUAGCUUCUAUUUCCCUUCAGAUAUCGGCUUUAAGUUGUUUUUCUAAAUGGUCCUUUGUUGAGGAUUCCACAAUAAUGAUUUUCCACGGUAAACAUCAAUAAGUUUGAUAUUUCCUUCCGAUCACUCCAUUACUAACAAAUAUUCAACUCAGGUGCCCCAAAACCAACAAACCACUCGCAAACCCGUCCAAAUACGUAUUGCGAACCAUCAAAGCAUUUGUUGAAAAGCCGACAGAAGUUAGAUCGUAGUGCGCCGUGUGCGAGCCGUUUGUGUGCCACUUGAAAACACGUACUAAUCUAACAAACAUGCUGCGCGCGAGCGGCUCUCACACCGAGCGGAGCGCAUAUGCAUACCCGCCUUUAGACUUCUCGUCGCCUAGCAUGGGGACGAAAAGUAUUUUCUGUUGUCAAAGAAUAUUUAAAAUUGUAUACCUAGUUUAAUCUUAGAAAUAAGCUAGAUAACACAUAUCGCUCACUGAGUUUCUAUAGUGGCACAACCGCGAAAAUGAACUUAUGAGAUAAUUGACCAUGAAGUUUCAUGACAUCAUAAAUACCAUUCAAAAUUAAAAUUUAUGGAUAAGAGGUCGACAGAAGAGACCAACUAUUUGACAAUGAAGGGUUAGACAUUGCAUAAAUUUCGAGAAGUUUGAUAUGAAUAUGCCAGUUUUGAAUUCAAUUUUUAUAGUGUUUUUGGCAAAGGUGGUCGUAAGUAGAGACACAAAGGGUUCAUAAAAUAAACGUUGUUAUUUUUUAAUUUUUAAUCAUGUUUUAUUCGCAUUAAAAAUAUACUAUAUGAGCACAACAAUAGUUUUCUUACUAAUAACUAAAAAUCAAUCGUAAAAUGAUUAUGAGUUACAGAAAAACCUUUACAAGAAUAAAAAGGUGGAAUGUAAGUUGAUGUAAAAUUUACUGUGGCUUUUAAUAAUUGCAUUGGAUCGAAUAAGAUAGAUGAAAACUUUAUACUUUUUUCUGGCAAUUGGAAUUGUAUUCUGAUAGACCCUAUUAAUUCCAAUAUCUUUAAAAGAGAAUAUUUUGUUGGGAUUUCUAGUUCGUAUUUCUUUGAAUAAUUUGACGGUUUUAAAAUAAGAUUCUGUAAAGGAAGUUUUAUAGGAAAGUGCUAGGGUUAUCCUUUUCGAGUUUCAGUAUUGAAAUAUCACUUAACUUAAAGACUUAUGUGCCUAAAGACCUAGAAUUAUACCUAAAGUCGAAGUGAAAAAAGCUUUGCACACUUACUUUUGUACAUUACUUAAAAAAAUAAAAAGCAUUGUUAUUGGUUCUUCCACCACCCUUUGCUACGUUAACCUGUUCGAUCAAUGCCAUUAUGUAGUUUCGCUGCUUGCAAAUGUCUCCUAAAUCCCAGUAUAACUUAAAAAACGCUAGUCUUUUUUUCUGUGAAUUUCUGGUACAUAUUUGCCGGCAUGUUGUGAUGUCAAACGGCUCUUUAUCUGAUCUGACUGGAACGUCUAUCUUCCCGUUGUACAUUUUUGAUAAGAUUGUCCAGAGUUUCGUAGGUGUUUAAUUCGGUUUUUAUCCACUGAGAAGGUUAGGCUCUCCUUUUUCCUGUUUCCUUUUUACAUUCUUCUUCUUCUUAUAUUCUAAGUAAAAUAUAAGAAAAAGUAAAUUUUAUACCGACACAACCCUAUAUUUUAGUGACAUAAAUAAUAUGUUUUUUCCAAAAAAUUAAUUCCAUACUGGCACAACUGUUAAUGUGCUGGUAUAGACUAAAAAAUUUUAAAGUGGCAUAACUUUAGUUUUAUUAAAAUGUGCCGGUUCCAUGUACAAGCAACACAAACACACCGAAAGUCAACGGCAUACUAAAUAUGUGCCAUUAGUGCCGUCGAUCGAGAGAAGUGGAGGGAAAUAUGCUCGUGGUACAACGCUAUCUAUGGGAUUCGAUGCAAACUACACUGGGGUGCAAAAUUAACCUGACACCUUAAAAAUGGGUCAUUUUUGAUGUCUCGAAUUUCCUAAACCUGAUGUCCGAUUUAAGUGAUUUUUUAAUAUGUUAUAGCCUUACUCGUUAACAAUAUCGCUGUGAUCCUAUUGUUACUAAACGGGUAAAUGUUCAUUGUAUACCGGGUGUACCAAUGACACUGUGUUUUUUUCUCAAACUUCGCAUCACCCUGUGGAAUAUUCUAGCAUUAAUAAAAUCCUGAAAUUAAAACCAAACUAGAGAUUCAUGUUUUCUCAACCUUCUGUUUUUUUAUUCAUUCGUUUAUGUUGGACCAUAAAAAAGUUAGGUACUCUAACAAUUAUUAUCCAUGUUUUUCAUGAAAGCAGGGUGUUUUUAAAUAAGUGUGGAAAACUUUAAGGGGUAAUUAUGCACGAAAAAAUAAUGACAGUUUGCUUUAUAAAUCUAUGUCCGCAAAUGCUUCGUUUCUGAGAUAGAGGGUGUUGAAAUUUUUCUUACAAACUGACGAUUUCUUUAUUGCUUUAAAACCGUUUGGGAUAUGCAAAUGAAAUUUGGUGGGUUUUAAGACGUAGUUAUUGUACAUUUUUUGACAUACAAGUAAGAAUUUAAUAUUCACUAUUGGCGCGCAUACGGGUCAUAUUAUGAGCGGUUAUAUUACCCGUAUGCGCGCCAAUGGUGAAUAUUCCGCAAAUGCUUCUUCCGCAAAUGCAUAUGUCCGCAAAUGCUUCGUUUCUGAGAUAGAGGGUGUUGAAAUUUUUCUUACAAACUGACGAUUUCUUUAUUGCUUUAAAACCGUUUGGGAUAUGCAAAUGAAAUUUGGUGGGUUUUAAGACGUAGUUAUUGUACAUUUUUUGACAUACAAGUAAGAAUUUAAUAUUCACUAUUGGCGCGCAUACGGCUCAUAUUAUGAGCGGUUAUAUUACCCGUAUGCGCGCCAAUGGUGAAUAUUAUAUGCUUAAUUGUAUGUGAAAAUGUGCAGUAACUACGUCUUGAAACUGACCAAAUUUCAUUUGCAUAUCUUUACUUAAAGAAUAAGGUUUUAAAUGAAUAAAUAAAUCGUCAUUUUGUAAUAAAAAUUUCAACACCCCCUAUCUCGGAAACGAAGCAUUUUCGGACAUACCGUUUAUAAAGUAAACUUUCAUUAUUUUUUAUGCAGAAUUUCCCCUUAAAGUUGGCCGUACUUAUUUAAAACACCCUGUACUGAUGAAAAGCAUGACUAGUUGUUAAAGUACACCUGGUUCCAAAAAAAACUGAUGCGACUCUUGAAGCGUAUUUUGUAGAAAAUAGAGCAGUGUAUUUUGAAAGAUAAAUACCUACUUAAUAUUUACAUUCUGUCAAUGUCACUGCCAAAUCUUAAAAUUUGUCAGAUAGCUUAUUCUGUUCCACGGUUAUUAGACUUUAUUAUUAAUCUUUAUUAUUAAUACUUCUCCGCAACUGAGGGUAUCUUAUCAACUGUAUUGUUUUUAAACAAUAGAUGAUAAAAUAAAAAUAUUGACAGUUCAAAAAUGUGAACAUUAUUACAUUGUGUGUGGCCUAAGUUUGGGCUGAAAACUGAAAUGUAUAAAUUUUGGAUUAUGUUUAAUUACGUAGACCAAUUUUAACAGUUGUUUUCAAUACAGAUUUCAAUCCUCUACAAAUAGUUUCUAAUGUCUUUUGAUGUCAAAUAAUUAGGGAAGCUGGAAUUUAACAGUUUAGAAUUUUACAUUGAGUUAAGGCAACAUUGUGACGCAUGUCAAAAUUCUCAAUGUAUUUUAAUUCUAUUCAUUUUUUUCGAAUCCUGAGAAAACUAAUAAAUAUUUUUGAAAAAUUUAAACUCAGAAUGAAAGACUACAUUAUUACCGUGGGCUGAAAGUCCCUGAAAACUUCUAUAUUUAUUUUAAUAAAUUACAGGGCUGAAUUUAAUACUAAUUUGUUUUGUUGUAUAAUCCACGUUUACAAUAAUUAUGUGAUCUAUUUGAUGUAAAAACUAUCAUUUAUAUACUCUUUAUAAAAUACAGGAAUUCAAAAUAAUAUAAACAUUUAGACCUUAAUAAUUAGUACAAUUUAUGAAUUAACAUAAUAUGUAAUCAGUUGUUUGUUGUUUGUUUAUUUUAUUAUUUGUCUGUCAUAAUAAAUAUAAUGUCAGAUCAAUCAAAUACACUGCUCAACAUGAUCAAAUCUUACUAAGAGUCGUAUCAGUUUUUUUAGGAACCGGCUGUACCUAACUUUUUUAUGGACCAAUGUAAGCAAAUAAAUCAAAAAACAAAAUGUUGAGAAAACAUGAGGCUAUAGUUGUAAUUUAAAUUCAGUAUUUUAUAAGUGCUAGAAUGUUCCACAGGGUAAUGCGAACUUUUAUAAAAAUACACAGUUUGACUGGUAUACCCGGUUUUCAAUGGAAAUUUAACUGUUUAGCAACAAUACUAUUACAGCGAUAUUGCAAAAGAAUAAGGCUAUAAUAUAUUAAAAAAAUCACUUAAAUCGGACAACAGGUUUAGGAAAUUCGAGACAUUAAAAAUGACCUAUUUUUAAGGUGUCCGGUUAAUUUUGCACCCCAGUGUACCUUUAUGCCUGUUUCGUUCAAUUGUAAAGUGAAAUUUCGUGAUUUUUAAGUAGUGGUUAUUACAAAACAAUAUUUUCUGAAAAUGUACCACUAUAGAAGGUAGUAGUAUGUAUCCAGCAGUAUAUUUUUUAAAUAUCUAUAUAGAAAAAAAACUUUCUUGCAUUGUUGACACGCUUUGUAAACUUCCAAGAUGGAAAUCCUCGAGUUUUUCGUGACUUCACAUACAAAACGUCUCUUUAAAGAAACGUGUUAUUAGCUCUUCAAUUAAGAUUAAAGUUUUGUAGUUUCCCAAACUAGGUCGAACUGGCUUUUUCCUGCGACAUAUCUAACUACUUACAUUCUAAAGUUGUAUACUAAAUUGCCGCAGGAUCCAAUGUUUGCUCCGAUUCAAUGAUUUCGAAAAAUAAUUGCCAUUGACGUACCUUAUACCUCAAACGGUGGACCAAACCACAAUAUCAAAAUUGUUUACUAUUUAGUGGACGCUUGUUACGUCUGAUACAUUUUUUUGGAGGAGUAAAUAUUAGUGUUUCACUCAAAAAUAGUGAAGUAAGAAUAAAUCUUGGGAUUGUUGUGAAAUCAAAGUCGUUUUCUGUGUAGUAUAUAUUCAUAUUUUACUACGUUUUGUAAUAUUUCACCAGUUUUGUAAUAUUACAAAACGGUUCACUAUAUAAAUUAUUCUUAGGCUGAUAUUUAUUUAGAUUUAUACAUUUACCCCUUUUACGAACAAUUUUUCAUAUAUACAACACGACUUACUCUCUAAUAACUUUACAGCAAUGUAUACACCAAAAAAGAAGAUAAAAUAUUCUGUGUGUGACUAUUAAUUGAUUAAAAAAAUAGCCUUUUCUUGUUUUUUUAAUAUAACCUUGAAAUCCAGUUAUCUGAUCUUUCAACUGUGACAGUGUUUAUUCUCUGACUGAGUAAUUUAGUAAUUUAUUUCUCAUUAGUUGGCGUAAAAUCAAACAGCAAUUAUUAUUGUGAAAGCAACAUUACUCCAACGAUAUUUUUACACAAAAUAUUUCUCUUCUGUACAAAUGUUCUAAGACUUUAAUUUAAGGAAUUGAAAUCAGCUGAAAACUUUUAAAAUCCCACAAAAACCUGUUGUAUUAAGAAAACAAGUAAAAUAGUUUAACACAUUUUAUAAAAAUUCCAGUGAAAUUCUAAUAAUGUUAAAAUUGUGUAAAUAUUCGACUAAAAUAUAAGUAUUAUACAACCUUGCUAAGGAAAUUAGGCAAUAUCUACCUAAUGCUGCAGUGAAAUUUAAAAAAUGUACAGUGAAAUAUUACAAUUAAAUAAUAGCAUUCAAUUAAAAUAAUUCGAUAAAUUAUACAUUUUUUCAGCGAAACAUGAAAAAUAUAUAGAGUCCAAUGAUGUAAUAAAGUAUGUAAUAUUAUAGCAUUGAAAGUUUGCACUACAAUAUAAAGAUUGCACGCAGUUGCUAAAAAAUAUAAAGGUUGCAGUGAAAUUUAAAGACUGUUGAAAUACUAAAAUAAAUCCAUAAUAUUGGAUUGGAAUUGUAUAGUAAAAUAUAAAUAUUACAUAAAAUAAAUAAGAAACUGUAUAAAUAAUAGGGUCUAGGACGUUUCAUCGCCGCCAGUUCAUCGCCGCCCUUUCGAUGCCGCCAGUUCAUCGCCGGCCGAUUCAUCGCUGGCCGAUUCAUCGCUGGCCGAUUCAUCGCCGGCCUAUUCAUCGCCAGUCAGUUAAUCGCUAACUGAUUUAUAUAUUUCCGAAUUUCCGACCAGUUACAUUUAUUAUUUAUUUUAAAUAAUAAUUAGGAAUUCUAGGAAAUGACCUAACCUAACCUAACCCAACCUAACACUACAUAAAUUUGAACAUAUAUAUUUCUAUAAAGGCCAUUUAACACUACAAAUUUAGUUCUAUUCAGUAUCAAAUUUAGGGGAAGUAGAAAUAGAACAGUAAAUAUAGUAUUAUUUUGUAUCUUUUUAAUUGUCAUCAUAAGUUUUAAACUAAAUUUAACGUCGUGUCGUGUUAUCUCCCAUAAUACAAAAUCAACUGACUAACUGGCGAUUAAACGGACGGCGAUGAAAUGGACUGGCGAUGAAUCGGCGCCAUCCAAACGGCAACGAUGAACCGGCGGCGAUGAAACGUUCCAUUCCGAAGUAAUACGAUGUUAUUGAAAUAUGUUAAAAUAUGAAAAAAUAUGAAAUAUUAUUAUUUUACAGAAUUGAAAAAAACAAUAAUAUUCCAUUAAAAAUUUGCAUUAAAAUAUAGAUAUAGAAAAUCACUGCCAGUAACAGUUAAACGUUGCAGUAUAAUCUAUAAACUAUAGUGAAACAUAAUGAAAUAAUAAUCUUGCAUUAAAAUCCGGCAGAAAAAUAAUUUAAAUGUGGCAAUGAAAGUUCAAAACAAUAGCGAAAUACCUACUCCAAUUAAAUAAUAGAACAUUUGACUAAAAUUUUACACUAACAGAAGUAUUAUUUCAAAAGGCUAUGGUAUUUCAGAAUUAAAGAACAAUUUCAAAAACUAGUGAAAUAUUACAAUGAAAUGAAAGUAAUAUUGUAUUUAAAUACAGUAAAAUGAAAUUUAAAUAUUACACAAAUUUGCUAUAAGAAGUAUAAAUGUUUUAGUCAAAUAACAAUGUUUCAUUGAAUGUUCACACUUAAAAUAAACUUAAUAUUACAGAAAGUUUGUAAGACAUUUAAAUGUUGCUGUGCACUUUAAAAAGGUUGGUGAAAUAUAAUAACAUAUAAUACUUAUUCCAUUGAACUUAGGUAUGAAGUAAAAUCUAAAUGCAGUUGAUACAUUUAAUGAAAUGUUAAUAUUGGAUUAACAUACUAUAUUUAAAUUAUAUUAUAUUAUAAAUAUUACUUCUUACAAAUGCCAUGAUAUUUAAAUCUUAACUAGUCCAUGUGCUGAGACCGCUCCCGUCUGAAAAAAAUUCUGAUUCGGUUCCUUUGUGGAUUCUUAUUCAAAAAUGUCCCCUUUAAACAAAUCUGAAGGGUGCCGGGCGGAAUUUUUGGGCAGAGAUUGUUUAAACAAUUUUUUUAAACAAAUACAAAAGAUCACGUUUUUUUGCUCUGAAAUAUAUAUUUUGAGAUUUUUUGGGUCAUUCUAAACAAGAAAGGUAUCUUGUAAUUUUUCUCAAAAAUUGACAGUUUUCGAGUUAUAAGCGAUUUAAAACCUGAAAAAUGCGAAAAUACGCAUUUUCGAGGCUUAAAAACUCAUAUUUCAAUUGGUAUUUUUGAGGUUGCCAGAUACUUAAUUUGAAGGCCAAACAUUCAGCUUCAAGAUUCUGAAGAUUGAUCGCGUCUAACUUUAAUUUAUACCGUUGUUUUUUAAUUGUUAAAUAUGCAUGUUUAUCUGAUUUUUUUGCCGGUGCGGCGCGCUCUAUUUCAAAAAUCUCCUAUUUUCCUCCGAAAAAAUGUUUUCCAGAUUCUUUGGGAUAUUCUAAAUAAAAUAAGUUUCUUAACAUUUUUCCAAAAAGUUAAUAGUUUUAAGUUAUAAGCGAUUUAAAAUCCGAAAAAUGACAAAAAAACGUAUUUUCGGUUUUUAAAUCGCUUAUAACUUUAAAACUAUUAGCUUUUGGGAAAAAUCUCAAGAAACUUUUUUUAUUUAGAAUGCCCCAAAGAAUUUACAAAAAAAAUAUUUUUCGGAGGAAAAUAGGAGAUUUUUGGAAUAGAGCGCGCCACACCGGCAAAAAAAUCGGAUGGACAUGCAUAUUUAACAAUUAAAAAACAACAAUUUAGAUUAAGGUUAGACGCGAUCACUCUUCAGAAUUUUGCAGCUCAAUGUUUAAACUUCAAUCUAAUUAUAUGGCAAUCUCAAAAAUACUAAUUUAAAUAUGAGUUUUUAAGCCUCGAAAAUGCGUAUUUUCGCAUUUUUCAGAUUUUAAAUCGCUUAUAACUCGAUAACUAUCAAUUUUUGAGAAAAUUUACAAGAUACCUUUUUUGUUUAGAAUGACCUACUAAACUUACAAAUAUAUGCUAUGCAGCAAAAAAACGUGAUAUUUUGUAUUUGUUUAAAAAAAUUGUUUAAACAUUUUCUGCUCAAAAGUUCCGCCCGGCACACUUCAUAUUUGUUUAAAGGGGACAUUUUUGAAUAGGAAUCCACAAAGAAACCGAAUCAGAAAUUUUUCCAGACGGGAGCGAUCUUACCACAUGGACUAAACGGAAAAUUUCAAAAUUGUAGUACAAUAAAAUAGUAAUAUUGCUUUGCAAUAUUUUAAUUAAAUAUAAGUAUUAUACAAAAGUGCAGAAAACAUUACACAAUAUUACAAAAAAUUAUAAUAACAAGACAUGAGAAAUUUUAUUGCUGCAGUGAAAUUUAUAUAAUCGAGUGAAAUAAUAUUACAGAGCUAUAAAUAUACAGAACGCCGAAAUAUAAAUAUUACAGAAAAUUACAGUUAAUAAAAAAUGUUUUAAUAAAAUCUGAAAAAAUUGGUGAAAUAUAUAUUACAAUAAAUCACAUUAUGUAGUAAAAUCUAAACAACUACUACUCACACAAAAUAUGUAAACAAUUUUAAUGCUGUAGUAAAAUUUCAAAACUAUAUUGAAAUAUUACAAUCAAAUAGUAACAUUUCAUUGAAUUUUUUUGACAAAAUAUAAAUAUUACACAAAAAUUCUAAGAAAUUUAUAUUUAUGUUGCAGUAAAAUUUAAAAACUAAAGUGGUAUAUUACAAUAAAUAACAACAAUGUAGGGAAAUCUCACAGAAAAAAUAUAAAUAUUACACAAGUUAGCCAAGAAUUAUAAAUUGUAGAGAAAUUUGAAGACUGUAGUGACAUAUUACAAUAUAAUAAUAUCAUCUUGCAUAAAAAUAUUACAAGAAAUAUAAAUAUUGCAGUACAUUGCGAAGUAAUAUAAAUGUUACAGUGGAAUUUGACAAGAAGAUAAUAACAUCACAGUAUAAUAUUAUAGUGAAAUAUAAUUACAUUAUUAUAUAGGUACUGUAAUCAGUAUGCGUUAAAAUAUUUAUUCCUUCAAAAAAACUUUAGCUAUAAGAAAAAAAUCAAAUGUUUGCCAAAUAGAUUGGCAGAAAAACAUUCCAUAUACAUUCCAAUGUAAACCUGAGCAAUAUUGUACCUAAUCAAAACUCUAUCAGGCCUAAUCUUCAAUUUUUAUAAACAAUUUGGAGUUAUUUAGUGAGUCUAGUUUGCUUUUUUACUUAGGAACGCUCCGGUGAGGCUGGGAAAGAGAAUUUGUGUUAUUUUGGUCUUUCUUAGGGUCACACGAGCGUUCAGUAACUUAAUGCGUGUGUGCGGAUGAUCUAGGUGAUAAUAGGAGAUUGGAUAAGAAUUGUUUUUGUAAGCUUGUGUUAUAAUCGCAGUGACAAUAUGUAUACAACAGAAAUAUAAGGCGUGGUGCAAAUGAAAGGAAUAAAUUUCUUAUUUCGUAAACCGGCGACUUUAAGGAAAAAUUCUGAAACCCGUAGAUUUUUGUUUUUUAACACCCAACGUUACCUUUUUAAUUUUAACGUCAUCUAUAUAAGCGUGAUGACGUCAUUGCUAAGAUUUUUAAAUGCAAAUGUGGGUGUUGUAAUACAUUAUUCGAAAGGUCUCUUAAAUACCUAUUCAGCUAUAUCAAUAUAUCUGCGAAAUUGAUGUGUGUAUUUGUUUAAAAAAUUAAUAAAUUUUUAUUGUUACAAUAAAUAAUUAUGACGUGUUAUUCAUUAAAUACAGAGAAACAUAAAUUAAGUGCUGAGAUUGUUUACAUUCAGCUAAAAUAUAAUGAGAAAGACGUGCCGCGAACUCUUCUCCAAUCUUCUCUAGAAUUUCCGGAGUUAUUUGUGCCAAGCGAAAAUCAAAAAGGUGACGUCAACGAAAUAGCAUUGGUCCAUAAAUAUAAAUACUUAGGGCAUGAAAUCCAAAUUGCCAGGGACAAUCAAACUGCUGAAUUACAGAGAAGGAUUACCUUAGCAUGGGCCGCAUAUGGAGCUCUAUCAGACAUCUUCAAGAGCAACUUGCCAAAUUAUUUGAAAAGGAAGACGUUCAACCAAUGUGUGCUUCCAGUCAUGACUUACGGCGCUGAAACAUUAUCGUUAACCCAGGCCACAGCAACGAAACUUAGAGUGGCCCAAAGAAGAAUGGAACGGUCACUACUUGGACUGACUCUCAGAGACAGGGUCAGAAACGAAGAAAUCAGAAGAAGGACAGGCGUCACAGAUGUCAUAGAGUGAGUAGCAUGGCUGAAGUGGAAUUGGGCGGGCCAUGUAGCCAGAAUGAAGGACGGGAGGUGGACCCAAAAAAUUACAGUGUGGAUACCAAGAGAAGACAGAAGAAGUAGAGGUAGACCACCUACACGAUGGACAGACGACGUCAAAAGGAUUGCUGGGAAUUGGUUGCAGAAAGCCCAAGACCGACAAAAUUGGAAGAAAUUAGGGGAGGCCUCUGUUCAACUUUGGAUGCAGAAGGCUGGAUGAUAAAUUGUGCAACCUCAAUACGUAUCUCUUCUUUGACAUCAUUAAUAUUUUGUGGUUUACUUAGUAGAGUAUCAAGUAUCCGCAUAAAAAUAAAUCAAGGGGAGUCAAAUCAGGUGACCUAAGCGGCCAUUCUAUUGUGACUCUUUGUUUUUCCACCGAUUUGAAAAGACGUUUUUUAAGUAGUUGCGCACCAAAACAGCAUAGUGUUGAAGCACACCAUCUUGCUUCAGCCAUAAGUCAUGUAUGUUUGGCAACAACCGGUUUAAUUCGGGGAGCACGAAUUUUUGAAGAAAUUCUAAAUAUCGAGAAUGUGUUAAGGUUUUUUUCGAAAAAGUAUAGUCCAAAAAUCAUACUAUCUAUUAUUCCCGCAGAAACAUGAACUUUCUCUGGGUAUUGAGUAGGUACGGUACUUUUGCAUCCAGUGUGGAUUGUCCGUAGCCCAGUAGCGAUAAGUUUGACGACUGACAUGACCGUUGAGUACAAAAAUGCAGCUUCAUUAGAAAAACAGCCUUUUUUAAAAACAUCGGAUCUCUGACAUUUUGUUACAGUAUAAUUUUACAAAAUUCAUUUCAUCUAUCAAAAUAAUCAUUCAUAAUUUCUUCUCCUUCGUCUUCUUUUUCCUACUUUAUGAAUAGGCUCAAUGUCUGUUUUACUUUAGUUUUUAGCCUCAAUUGACGUUGUAUGACCAUUUUUUCCUCGAUAGUCCCAAUGAUCUUCUUCCAUUUGGAGAUUUUUCUCUUGCUAUUCGUACUAUUCUAUUUUCAGUCAUUCUUUCUAUGUGUUCAUUCCAUUCUCUUUUCUUUUUUCUUUUGGUCCACAUGUUUAUUUCUCCUAUACGACAUCUCGCUCGUAUUUCGUCACUCCUUACUCUGUCUUUUAGAGUGUGGUUUGUUAUUUUUCGUAAUACUUUCAUUUCUGCUUUUUCCAGCAGUCUUUUUUUUUUCGCCGUAUCUGCUCUUGUUUCCACUGCGUACGUCAUUGUCAGUCUUAUUGUUGAUUUAUAAUAUAUCCUGGUUUUCGUUUUCGUUGUGAGAUAUUUGUUUUUCCAGAUUGUGUUGUUGUGACAUUCUGCUGCUCUGUUCGCCGUGUACAAUUGUUUUUGUAUUUCUUCUUCCACUUUUUCGUAGCUUAGCAAUUUUAUUCCCAAGUAUUCCGUUUCCAUUACUUGUUAUAAUUUCUUGUAGGUACUAAACUUACUUUGUAGAGAACUGUUAUGGGGAUUAUAUUUUGAAAGGCUCACAGAACAUUUAGUUGUAUGUUUUCAGAUAUUAGUUUUCGACUACCUUAAGGGGGUCUUUGACCUAACUAUUUUCUCUUAAUUUCUUCUCAAUUUUCCUUAUAGUGGAUUGUGAAACUGAUCCUCGGUUGGGGUAGUUUAUUAUUAAACAAGAUACAUAGUUCGUUCUUCUUUUAUCCCACAAUUAGAGUUUCAAUUCUUUGCGUGUAAGUCAGCGUCAUGUUGAUGGAUACAAAGACUUUUUAAAUACGUCUACUGCCGAAUACUAUUAAUCACUUGACAGAAAGUUAAUUAAGCUUAAAUAUCGAAGUAUCAACGUAGAUGUUGAUAUGGUAACUAACUUUUCAUUACAUUUCAUUACCUGUGACGGCCUUUAGAAAGUUUAUGUUUGGGUGUCAAUAAAUAUACCACACCAAUACUUAAUACAUUUUAUUAAGAGAUCUGUUGAAAUUUCAUCAAUAUUAUUUGUAAAUCAAUACGGCAAACAUGAACAUAAACCUGUUGCUGAUUUGAUUUAUACAGAAUUGUGUACAAGUCAUGCAUUAUUUUUCUAUUCUAUUUAAAUAUUAUUUGUGGCAAUAGGCAAAUCAAUAAUUAGUGUAAAUAUUGGUAUUACUGAAUAGGUACAUAUUUAAUAGACCUUUCAAAUAAUGUACCUAUUACAACACCCACCUUUCCACUUAAAAUUUUUAGCAAUGACGUCAUCAACGUUCAAAAAUAAACAGGUAUCCUUAAGAAUGUCCUGUUUAAAAAUAAAAAUCGACCGGUUUCACCAUUUUUUCUUAAAAUCGCCGUCUUACGAAAUAACGAAUUUAUUCCUUUUAUUUGCACCAUACUGUAUAAAGAUAUUGUUGUUUUUUAGUUUUUCGUCUGAUGUUGACUUUGAGUAUGAUUCUUUCAAGCAGCAUCUUCAACGCAAAAUUGGUGGUCCUUAAAACCUUAUGCCACUUAUUAUAAUGGUGCCUGCUACGAUUUCAUUAAUAGUUUAUAGGUUAAACAUUUUUGUCUAGUCAAAAAAGUACAAAUGAGUAAUCCAAUACCAAAUAUAGUUUAUUUACCAACUAUACCUUAUGCAUGAAAAGUAGUGGCUCUACAAUUACAGCAUGCAGUUCCUGUCAGAUAUAUUUAUCUCAAAAAUUAUAGAUACACCUAAACAGCGACUUCUGGCUACUAAAUAUUCCCUAAUAUAUAAAUCUAUCUUAAUUAUCUCUUUAAAAUAUUCUCCUUAUUUUAUUUGUAAAAUUAUAUUUUUAUAGGAAGCGUAUACUGUCAAAAACCCUUUAAAAAUCAAAAGUAAACCUGUUGUCACUGUCGGUCGCAAGCGUUAAAACGUAUUCUUUAGUAAUAUUUCACACUACUAUAAAUAUUUAUAUUAAAAAAGUUAUUUUUGAAUGAUCCCAGUACAAUGAAUAUUUUAUAUAUUUUAGUAAAGAAUGAAAAAUUUACUUUGAUUGAGAAUAUCCUAUUUAUUUUAAACUUACAACAAAAAGCAGCUAAAUAUGUACAAUAUUUGUUAUAUUUAUUAUUGAGAUUGAUGAAUAAAGCCUUUAUGAUUACGA